UUUGUUCGAAAUAAGAGCACUGGCAAAGAUUACAUCUUAUAUAAAAGUAAGAGCCACCUGCGAGCAUGCAAGAAUAUGUGCAAACACCAAGGAGGCCUGUUCAUAAAAGAUAUCGAGGAUUUAGACGGAAGGUCUGUUAGAUGCACAAAACACAACUGGAAGUUGGAUGUGAGCACCAUGAAGUAUGUCAAUCCUCCAGGCAGCUUCUGUCAAGACGAACUGGUUGUGGAAAAGAAUGAAGAAAAUGGACUUUUGUUUCUAGAACUGAAUCCUCCUAACCCCUGGGAUUCAGAGCCCAGAUCUCCUGAAGAUUUGGCUUUUGGGGAAGUGCAGAUAACAUACCUGACUCAUGCCUGCAUGGACCUCAAGCUGGGAGACAAGAGGAUGGUGUUUGACCCUUGGUUAAUCGGUCCUGCUUUUGCCCGAGGAUGGUGGUUACUACAUGAGCCUCCAUCUGACUGGCUGGAGAGGCUGUACCAAGCGGACCUAAUUUACAUCAGUCACAUGCACUCAGACCAUCUGAGUUACCCCACACUGAAGAAGGUUGCUGGAAGAAGACCAGAUAUUCCCAUUUAUGUCGGAAACACGGAAAGACCUGUCUUUUGGAAUCUGAAGCAGAGUGGUGUCCAGUUGACGAAUAUCAAUGUAGUGCCAUUUGGAAUAUGGCAGCAGGUAGACAAAAAUCUUCGAUUCAUGAUCUUGAUGGAUGGCGUUCAUCCUGAGAUGGACACUUGCAUUAUCGUGGAAUAUAAAGGUCAUAAAAUACUCAAUACAGUGGAUUGCACCAGACCCAAUGGGGGAAGGCUGCCUAUGAAGGUUGAUCUAAUGAUGAGUGAUUUUGCCGGAGGGGCAUCAGGCUUUCCGAUGACUUUCAGUGGUGGAAAAUUUACUGAGGAAUGGAAAGCCCAAUUCAUUAAAACAGAAAGGAAGAAACUCCUGAACUACAAGGCUCGGCUGGUGAAGGACCUACAACCCCGAAUUUAUUGCCCUUUUGCUGGGUAUUUUGUGGAAUCUCACCCAUCAGACAAGUAUAUUAAGGAAACAAACAUCAAAAAUGACCCAAAUGAACUCAACAAUCUUAUCAAGAAAAAUUCUGAUGUGUUAACAUGGACCCCACGACCUGGAGCCACUCUUGAUCUGGGUAGGAUGCUAAAGGAUCCAACAAACAGCAAGGGCAUCAUAGAGCCUCCAGAGGGGACUAAAAUUUACAAGGAUUCCUGGGACUUUGGACCAUAUUUGAGAAUCUUGAAUGCUGCUGUAGGAGAUGAAAUAUUUCGUCACUCAUGCUGGAUAAAAGAAUACUUCACUUGGGCUGGAUUUAAGGAUUAUAACCUGGUGGUCAGGAUGAUUGAGACAGAUGAGGACUUCAGCCCUUUUCCUGGAGGAUAUGACUAUUUGGUUGACUUUCUAGAUUUAUCCUUUCCGAAAGAAAGACCAAGCCGGGAACAUCCGUAUGAGGAAAUUCGGAGCCGGGUUGAUGUCAUCAGACACGUGGUGAAGAAUGGUCUGCUCUGGGAUGACUUGUAUAUAGGAUUCCAAACCCGGCUGCAGCGGGAUCCUGACAUAUACCAUCAUCUGUUUUGGAACCAUUUUCAAAUAAAACUCCCCCUAACACCACCCAACUGGAAGUCCUUCCUGAUGUACUGUGGGUAGAGAGGACCUGAGAUUUCCCAGUAACACAAACCCCUCACUGAUCUGAACAUCAAAAUUGAUUUUCUGAUUAUGUAUACUACCUCUUUAAUUCUGAAGAUACAAGAAUCUAAUGAUGGAAUUUAUCUCCUUAAAUCUCUUGAUUAUCUACUUCUCAUAAAGAUGAACACCAGUGAAGUUUGAUGGCUCUGGUUCACUUCACACAUUAUGCAUAUAUUUUGUGAUUUACAUUAUGCACAUAUUUUAUAAAUUAUUUAAUUAUCACCAAAAAAUAAAUGUAUAUCAACAGAAUAUGUGUUA